CAGUCAGUGGUGGUCAGAGCUGAGUGCACUACAGCUGCUGGCCUAAAACUGAAGAAAAAAAAUCAACCUUAAAUCAACCAGAAGACUCUUUAAACCCCUCAGCAGCUCACCUCAGUUCACUAAUCAGAGCUGUAAGGAGCUGAUUUGACUUUCAGUGAGGUGACGAAGAGAGAUUAGACAGACAGAGGAGGGCGUGACAGGCAGCCAGACGAGCAGGCAAGCUGCUGCUGCAGGAGGAAGAGGAGGCUAUGCACCAGCCAAAGCCAGAGGUCAAGAAAAAAAGUGAAAGAACAGUGAAAAGGUAGACUCAGAGUGAGAGGAGGGUCAUUUGUGAUCUGGCUCAGAAAAAAAAAAAAUAUAGAAACCAGCCUCUCUUUGUUGUUGUGUGGGCCACCGAGUGGCGAGGAGGAUGUGAAGCAGUACAGCAGGGAGGAAGGGAGGCGACUGCGAGAAAGACAAGAAAAAUGCUCUCAGAGAUGAUGUGCAGGAGGAUCUGCCAGCAGCAGAGGCAGCAGCAGGACGGCAAAGAAGCUCCGCAGAGGGAUGCUGGCGGCCGCAGGAAGCACGGCUGGUCCAAGAGCUGCAGGGGGCGCCUACAGGGGCGAAGGACAGGAGGAGGAGGAGGAGGAGGAGGAGGAGGAGGAGGGGGAGGGGGUGCAGGGGGGCUGAGAGGGCGCAAUCAGCACCAGCACCCUCACCGUCACCAUCCUCAGUACCACCAUCCCAGACACCUCCAGAGGCCGGAGAUGUCCCUCCGUCCCGUCAACGUGAAGGGAAACCGAGCGAGGGGGAUGCGCGCCCCCAAGAACACCAACCAGUUUCUGAUGCACGAGAAGUAUCAGAUGCUGCACAUGCGCUCCGACUCGGUGGGAAGCGACAGCGGCAACAGCUCCGACAGCGACGUGGAGCUCACCGACAUGGACUCGUACCUGGGCGUCCUGGAGAACGCCAGGGGAGCCCUACUGGACAGUCCCAACCCACACGACUCAACGACGCCACCAGGGCAGAUCCUGCUACUGCACGAGGACAGCCUGCACCUACACGAAAGCAGCCUGCGUCUGCAGGAGGACAGCAUGCAGUAUUUCCCCUCGGAGGACGACCUGCUGCAGAGCCAGAAUUUCAUGCAGCGGGACUUCGUCGAGUUCUGUGACAUCCUGACACCCUGAGGGCAAACUUUCAGGGAAGCCAUUUUGUUCUCAGCAGCGUGAGACUCAAACCUCAGACUGAACGUCGUCAGGUUUGUUCUGCUUCAUGUUCAUAGACGAUGAAAGGAAAAAAGAAAAGAAAUAAAAAUGUCCAUGCUAUUGAGUCAUGUGCUUGUUGCAGGAUGAGACGAUUCCGCUGGUUUUCAGCAGGAAUGAACUUUUUUAAAAAACACCUUGUUUAAAGUGUCAUUUUCAUAACUGUCCUGCACUGAUCUGCCUCACUGACUUGUUUUAAGAUACAGGAACGAAGGAGAACUGCACUAAAGAAAAAGUUGAGCUGUCUCACCCUGUUACUAUUUUUAUAGUUUUGAGAGAAUUACACUUUCAAGACGGAUGUUUUUCUUUUCUUGUUCUGUUUUUUUUUUUUUUCAUGUUUUAACAGUUUCUGAUUGGUUCAUAUGUUAUGUCAUGUGCAGUGUGUCAGUGUGCUGUAAAGUGCUGCCUUUUUGUUGUUGUUUUUGCACACAAAGGGAGUAGGGCUGGAUGGUGGGAGUGAGCCCGUACGGCCAAUCAGCGUAGACUUGGCCAGAUUAGGCUGCAGGCGAUUGGCUGAUGCAGACUGUCCUUAACAAAAAAAAAAAAAAAAAAAAACGCUUUUUGCUGUACAGAAGAAAGAGAAAAAAUACAAAUAAAUAUCUGAUUGUUGUAAAA